AUGAAGCUCUUAAAGCGCACAUCGCAUGUGCGCGGCGAACUUAAGACGAAGAUGCGAACCCUGACUCAUUCGUUUUUUGGGUUCCGGUCAAGUGAUUCGAGGGAGGUGAUAAGGCAUAACCGAGAUCUGGCGGAAUCUCUGAAAGAGGGUUCGGCGUUUGUUUUCAAGGACUGGACAAUGAAGAGGGGGAUCUACAAAACCGAGUUGCUGCAAGAAGGCAUCAACAUCAUGUGGUUUGUGAACCGAAAAGACGAGGGCAUCAUCUACCAUGAGUAUUUCAACCCCAUGCCUAUCAAGGUUGUUGCGCUCGUGCUUACAGCCAUUGAAUGUUGUAUCGACGAGUGGUUGCAAGGCCUGAAGGAGGAUAUAAAAUUCACAUCGGCUGCUUACGGAUCUGUCUACAGAGGUCAUUUGGGAUCGUUGCAGCGCUUUCACGAGCGCACGGCUCCUUACAAACUACUCGAACGAAUUUGCGACAAUCUCCUUGACACGGCUCGCUUCCAUGCAGGUGUUGACGCACCCACUGCGUCGUCGGCCGCCUUCUGUAUCGAUGAUAAAGCAUUUGAAGAUGCGAUUCGCGAGCAUCAGCUUGAAGAAGAGCGUGGUGUGGAUGAUAACGAGAGUUGAGGAGUAGUAGGGCUAGCGAGAGCAGCAGCUGAGGGGAAUGACGAGGAGGAUCGAGCGAGAGCAGCAGUUGAGGGGAAUGACGAG